UACCGAAAAAGUAAAACACUUUAUAAAAGCGAACCACAUUUGAGAAGUAAAAAAGUGUUUGAAACCGUAAAAGCCCUUGGGAGUCCAGUUAUAGCACCUUCAUGGCUUCCACCAUGGAACAGUCCGGACGAAGAGAUGAAUCAGAGUUCAGUUUGAAAGAAUGGGCCGUCAAGGCACGUAUUAGUCGUGAAAACACCAAUUCCAGAAGGUAUUCAGCAUCAAAUAUCAGAAGUUUUAGAGAAGAUGCGAGGUCUUUCAGAUCAAAUGUAACCAUUUCAAGCACUGCUUCUUCACCUGGCUACUCCUUGAGAGAUGAAAUUGACCCCUCAACAUAUUCAUUUACCAAUGCUCUUAAAGCAUUGCAGGCAAGGUCCGGUUAUCCUAGCUGGGAAUGCUUAUCGCCAGACAGGUUUGCUUUGAAUUCCAAGUGGAAUGAAGCAGAAAAAUAUAUAUGCAAUCCACUUUCAGGGGAAGUUCCCAUGGAAUGUUUAUCUGCUAAAACACUAAGUGGAAGAUCAUUUCGUAACUCAACAAACAGAAUUACAAUGUCUGCGCCUCUAGUUUACUCAUCCCAUUCAAGACAAACCCAAACAAAGCCGAAUUCAACUUCUACACAAGAAGCCUCAGUUCUCCAAUUGCCAAUUCCAGAAAAGAGAACUGAGGGCAUGAGGACUAGAGAUGUUGGCACUCAAAGCACACCUCCUGAUCUUAGUUCAAGCAGUCCUAGUCCUACUUCCACUCCUUCCAUCAUUGAGAGAUCCAUAAAGCGAUGUGGACUAGAAGCCGGAGAUUCACCUAUUUCAAAUGCAAAAAUUAUAACUGAGGAACCGGUGAAAGAAACAAGAGAUACAAAAGAAACAAAAAGAGAAAAGGAAGAGAGAAGGAAGAAAGACGAGCAAUUAUGCAGCAGGCAAGCUGGGUGCUUAUCAUGGAUGAGAAAGAAAAGGCAGAGAGAGAAACACAAAGCAAGAAAGAACAACAACAUCUUUCUAAGACGUUUCAAAGGGUGUUAAAAGAAAACAGAUAAAAAAUGGUAAAGAAUAUUGGUGGCCAGGAAGAUUCUCUUUCCUGACUCUUUUUUAUUAUUAUCAGGGAUUGUAGCAGUAUAAUGAGGUUGUCUCUCAAAAGAAAAAAUGAGAGCAAUCAUGAAGUGAUGGGGUCUAUGGUGGUUGUUUUCUUCUUGGUUUUGUUGCUGUGUAGUGGUUCUUGGUGAUGUUAUGCUUUGUUUUACUUAGGGGUGAGAUAGGCUGACAAACUGAGCUUCACGUGCAUGCUUCUUUCUCUGCCUCAAGAAUGGAAUCGUUCCCAACCCCUCUCUCUCUCUC